GACAUUCUAGUAUUGGUCUCAGUGACGAGUCAACAGAUCCGGUGAUUAUAACACGGAAGACUGAUUUCACUAAAGGUAAAAAUAAAUCCACACACAGGGAAGUAUUCUUAGAGCUAAAUUAGACCUUAUAAUUAUCAUCAUACCUGAUCACGACAGGUACUAUGCUAAAAGGAUGGAUUCUUACAAUUUAUCAAGAUCUCCUGCGAAUGAGAGGAUUUUACAGUGUAUGUCAGAGUCCGUGUUUGUGGGAUUGAGUUAUAAGUUUGGGACGUCAGAGCAGUUGGCCAUGAGAAGAGAUGUAGUGGACGUCACUGAGAUAUUGGUAAAUCGGGUUAGAUCUCGGCUCGAUUACAGUAUCCGAGUGAGUGGAAGCCAGAGGGAGGGCAUACGACAAAUGAACUCGGAUAUAGACAUAAUGUACUGGCAGAAUAACUAUCGCGUGAUCUGGGACGCUAACCAGCGCUGGAAUUUUAAUUAUUAUGGACAAACACUGGUCCUCGCGGACUGUUCUUAUUGUCCACCUGGACAUGCUUUACUCCAGCUACUGACACUGCCUUUAAUGAAUACCGAAAUCCUGCCUGCCUGCAUCAAACUGCAUGGUACACAAUAUAUAUCUAGUUCUAAAUAUAGACAGUUCAUGUGUUGUGCAAUAAUACCGAACUCAGUUUUACAUGGACCGUGCAGCAGUGGUUUUUUGGCAGAGGGAGGGGGAGAAUAUGAUAUUGCCCACUCUUUACCCUCAGACUUUUGGCCUCCGCCUGCCUACCCCUGGAUAGAGAGGUGCCGCUCGCAGUCUUGGCCCUCACCUGCUGUGGUGGAUGAUAUAGUCAGAAGUGGGUGCCACUUUGUACCAAUUGGACCCAAACUAGGAUAUGACACAGACCAUCAAUGGAGAAUUUCCUUUUCUGUGGCAGAAUAUAAGCUUGUGUGCUCAUUGAACCACUGCCAAUUCUUAAUAUAUGGUUUGCUUAAGAUAUUUCUAAAAGAAGUCAUUAACAAAGGAUUAAGUGAAGAAGAUAAAUUACUUUCCUCCUAUAACAUGAAGACAGCAGUUUUCUGGGUGGCACAACAAAACACAAUACCUCACUGGUGUCCACAAAAUCUCCUGGAGUGUUUCUGGGUCUGUUUUAAAUGCAUUCUCAAAUGGGUGUAUGAGGGAGUCUGUCCUAAUUUCUUCAUUCCCCAAAAUAACAUGUUUUGGGGUAAGGUUUAUGGUGAAGCACAGAAGACCUUGUUCUUCAGACUGUACAGUUUGUAUAAGACAGGGAUAGGAUCUCUGCUCCUCAGCCCCUCUGUCCAGUACUCUCUGGAUAUCUAUUACAAUCCCAGACACCCCGUUUGUACGGAGGAGCACAGUUUGUGCUCUGAGACCAGGUUUGAUUUGCACCUAUUGGAUGAGAUUCAGAAGAUUGAUGCACCGGGAAUACCUGACCUUUCCUCCUGUGUGAGAUACCUAAGCACCACAGAACAACUGAUAGGUUUACCUCUCACCAAGUAUCACAGGGUCACAUUACAGAGACUUCUAGUUGUUGUACUUCAGAAAACAGCUUUUAUGUUACAUAGGAAAACGAAUACAGGCAAAAACAAAACUAUGUACAAAGUAGACAAAAUGUCUUGUUAUAUGCUUAGACUAGCCGCCAAGUUUGGUUACAUUUCAGACAUGUCAUUCAUUGCCAUGUAUUAUUACAAGACAUUUAGAUACACAGAGGCUUUAACUAUUAUAGAGAUGAUUAAGGACAAGUUAGCACAGCCCUAUGUGAUGUACAUGUUUAAUGUAGAAGCAGAGUUGUACACUGAGGCUGUAGGGGGACAGUCCUGGUCGACAAAGAUGAGACAGGCUAUAGCACGAGACAUCAGACUUUACACUGACGUCCAGUACAUCAGUGAACUGAUACCGGAACAACAGGUCAAAGAUCUCCAUCAGAGACCCGACUUAAUUCUCCCCCUCUACCCACUGCUACAUAUGCUGGAGUUCUUAUGCUGCAGGCAUUCUGACGUAACAAGAGCGCAGACAUCCCUACAGGAGUUAGAGCUCCUACUUCACAAUGAUGAAGGAGAGCUGGUGAGCCCGGAAUUCAGGGGUACGGCAUGGCAGAUACUCGGGAUCUGUCAACAGGUCUCAGGGAAUCUCCACGCUGCUCUACACUCGUACAAACGAGCACUGUCUGAAAUUCCAUUUAACCAAAUACGAGAUAUUACUAUGAUAAGAAUUAUGAUAGUGUUGUACAAACUCAUGAAUUAAUUUUGAAUAAAACUAUAAAGAUAACAAGGAAGAAGCC